CUCUCACACAGCAAUCAUAAUAUUAAUGAUACGUAAGAAUAAUAAUAUAAAUUUGUCACUAGUCACUACUGAAGCCUCAAAUUCGAUCGCUUCAGUUCAUCAUUGCUGUGUAUUAUUGAGGACCCUGCUUUCGACACCUUUUAUGCGUAUCGGGCAAAGCCUGUAAACAACUAUGUAUCGCAGGUUUUGAGAGGGGUGCGAAAUACUUAUUGCCAGCAUACUCCUCGUCCGAGGUUCCUGGGGGAAGAUUUUGUGCAGCGCUGUGGGUCAAGGCGAGCACAAAAAUAAAACACGUAAUAGGGAUGCAUUUGCCAACGGACCUGGCGCUAUUUUUAUUGCAUUGACACGCAAAUCGUGUCAAGUCUAGUAGAGCGAGCGAGCGUCAUUUCGUCCCAGCCUCUCAUAGAAGCACAAGUCGCUUCUCUAUUGAAGCGAUCCAUGUGAUGAGCAAAAUGACGAGCAAGAACUUCUUCAGGAAUGUGCGUGAUCUGCCCUACAGCCAGGGUCACAGGGACAGAGCCAACAUGUAUACCAGCUGCAAAGAUAGCAAAGAUCUGUUGCAACGGAUGCAGCUGAGCAAGGCCUUAGCCGUGCACGAGGGAUGCGUUAAUACACUGUGCUGGAACUCAAGAGGAGACUGCAUCCUGUCUGGUUCAGACGAUCAGCGACUUGUCAUCACUGAUUGUUUUACGCAUAAAAUAGUGGCAGAGCAAAAAACAGUGCACAAGGCUAAUAUAUUCAGCGCUAAAUACUUGGCUGAAAAUGAUGAUAGCGUUGUGGUAUCCUGCUCUGGCGAGGGUUUGAUUCUUGUGACUGAUAUGACGAGAAAGGACAUGGGCCAAAGGAGCAUCUUUAAGUGUCAUUACGGCACGACAUAUAAUGUGCAAACAGUGCCUGGAGAUUGCAAUACUUUUCUCAGUUGUGGUGAAGAUGGAACUGUUCGAUUUUUUGAUCUCAGGCAGAGAAGCAACUGCUUACAGUCCUCUUGCAAUGAGGACGUAAUAGUUUCGUGGGAAGGUGCUGUAACCACAAUGGCAGUCAACCAAAUGCGACCCUUUCAACUUGCAAUUGGCUGUUCGGACAGUACAGUGAGGCUGUUCGACCGUCGGAUGCUGGUCACCAAGUCAGCAGGAGGUAAACCCGAAGAACACUUCAGAAAAUCAGCCCUUUGCGCGUUCACCGCUCCAGAUUUGGAAAAUGCUCUGUACCGCGUGACUUCUCUCAAGUUCAGUCCAAACGGUGAAGACAUCCUAGUCAGCUACUCUGCAGAUUAUCUGUACUUGUUCAACGUGAAUGAAAUCGCGUGCAACGCUCUGGACACAUCAAGCAGCUCCUCAACCAGGAAACUAAAUUCAAAGUCCGCUCCUCCGAUAAAAAGACUGCGCCUCAGAGGUGACUGGUCAGACACUGGUCCAAAUGCGAGACCUGAAAGUGAAGAACAAAUAUCGCAAGUUCGGCCCACACUUCAGGCCACCCUGAUGCAGAGGAUGACCGACGUUCUGGCCAGAAUGCUGAACGACCCGGCCACCAGGCUGGCUCUUGGUGGCGUCUCUGAUAAUCAGAGAGCAGACAGACCUAUGGCUGCAGCAAGCCAGAGCGAAGAGAACGCGAUUAGUGAAUCGGCACCUGUGCGAGAGUCCUCAUCUCCGCUGCCUUCCUCCUCCUCAGCAGGCCCGUCAAUGAGUGAUGACAGAGAUUCUGACGAUCUCAUAGACAGCGACGAGGAAAAAGUAGUAAACGACGAUGUCGGCCUGCACCUCUCUCGCACUGAUGUGAUGACUCCGUGCGCGAGGCAAAAGUACGUCGGCCAUCGAAACGCCCGCACCAUGAUCAAGGAAGCAUCCUUUUGGGGAGACAAUUACGUGAUGUCAGGCUCAGACUGUGGUCAUGUCUUCGUCUGGGACAAAAACACCGCAGAGCUGGUCAUGUUGAUGGAGGCAGACAAGCACGUGGUCAACAGCCUCCAGCCGCAUCCCUACCUUCCACUGCUGGCCACAUCUGGCAUCGACCACGACAUCAAGCUGUGGGCGCCGAUGGCUGAGACGCCAUUCUUUGACAUACUGGAUGCAGAUAGACUGAUGGUUCGCAACAAGAUCAUGUUGCAGGAGACAAGGGACACAAUCACAGUGCCUGCCUCGUUCAUGAUCCGGAUGUUGGCCUGUCUAAACCAGAUCAGGCGAGGUUCGCGACCUUUGGCACGCCAGAGGAGACAAGCAAGUGCAGACCUUUCCUGAGCCCAACUGAACAAUAAAAUGUUUGCAACAACGUGUUUUCCCCAAAACACAAGUUUGUGAACAACUCUUCUGAUACUCACUCCAACUAUUUAUUAACACAAAUAAUUUUUAUGUUUGUUCUUUACAACAUUCAAAUUAAUUAUGCUACAUAUUAUGUCAAUAUUAUUUUAUGGCUGUCGUUUUUCUGUUUACGCCCAGCCCCUUGUGAUCGAAUAAUUAGCAAUUUUAGAAUCAUGUACCUCCCCAAUAGCAGAUUAGUUUAAAUUUUUAUUCUUUGACAAAUAAUAUUAUGCUAUUUUGAGUAUCAUCGAUACCAAACUGCAAUAUGGUCAUGUAUUUUUUGUGUUUAAAUUGUUCCUCUAUGUAAGCGGACCGAAAUUUUUGUGAUAAAUUAUAUAAUCCUCUGUAAUUUGCAGCAUACAAUUGGAUAAAUGUUUCACCAAAAUGUGCUUUGAAUAUUAUUUGUAAAAUAAAUCAUAAUAACUUUGCAGAUAUUUACAUUAAAAAGCGAUAAAUUCAAAUUUUACUUACA